GCUAAUGCUCCUGCGCAACCAUCUGCACCACCAAAGCCCAAAACCAAGACCAUCUCUACGGAGCUGAAGAUUGAGGAGCGACUACCUGUUGUUUACGACAUCGACAAGUACACACGCGCUGAGAUGAAAAUGCAAGAAGCUGAUCUCCAUGAGAAGCAAAAGGCUGAUGCCAAGAAUAGCGUUGAGGAGUACGUGUAUGAUAUGCGAGACAAACUAUCAGAUUCAUUGGCGGAAUUCGUUACCGAGAAGGAUGCAGAGGCACUUCGUUCACAACUGACUGCAGUGGAGGAUUGGUUGUAUGAUGAGGGUGAAGACGCUGAGAAGCCGGUUUAUGAGCAACGACUUGCCGAACUCCGAAAACUUGGUGACCCUAUAAUUGAACGUUACAGAGAGUUUGAAGCAAGGAAGCCAGCAUUCGAAGCUUUUGAUAGGUCAAUCAUCCGUGUGCGCAAAGCUUACGAAGACUACGUGGCCGGCGGUGAGGCACACGCCCACAUUGACAGCGCUGACAUGGAGAAGGUUUGA